CAAUCGUCAUCAAGCAAGCAGGCGAGCAUGGCGUCCACCGGCGAGGCCAUACACCGCGCCGCCCUCGUCAAAGCCUUCGACGAGUCCCGCACCGGCGUCCGCGGCCUCGUCGAGUCCGGCGUCUCCACCGUCCCCGACAUCUUCCGCCACCCGGACCCAUACGCCUCCGUCCCACUCGCUCCCCACGGCGUCUCCCUCCCUGUCGUCGACCUCUCCCUCCCCGCGCCCCUCGCCGCCGAGGCCGUGGCCGCGGCCGCGCGGGGCUGGGGCUUCUUCUACCUCGUCAACUACGGCGCCCUCGUCCCCUCCGACUACCCCGGCCGGCUCCUCGCCGCGCUGCGCGCCUUCAACGAGCUCCCCGCCCCCGAGCGCGCCGCGCACUACGGCCGCUCCACGGGCGGUGGGUUCAGCUACUCCUCCAACCUCGACCUGUACAAGUCCGGCGCAGCGAGCUGGCGCGACACCAUCCAGGUCAUGCUCGGGCCCUCGCGGGCCGACGCGGGGCGCAUCCCGGCGGUGUGCCGCGGCGAGAUCCUCGACUGGGACGCGCACGCCGCCGCCGUGGCACGCGCCCUGAUGGCGAUGCUUUGCGAGGGGCUCGGCCUCGGCGCCGACACGCUGGAGGCGGCGUCGUGCCUCGAGGGGAAAAUGAUGGCUAGCCACUACUACCCGGUGUGCCCCGAGCCCGAGCGCACCAUGGGGAUCGUCCCGCACACGGACCCCGGCGUGCUCACCAUCCUCGCGCAGGAUGAUAUCGGUGGCCUGCAGGUGAAGCACACGGAUGAGGAUGGAGCGAGCUACUGGGUAGAUGCGAAGCCUCUGCCCGGCGCGCUUGUCAUCAAUGUCGGGGACCUAUUGCAGAUCAUGUCUAAUGAUAAGUACAAGAGCGUGGAACACCGGGUAGUAAUGAAUUUGCGUGAAGAACCCAGAGUUUCAAGUGCCAUCUUUUAUAAUCCUGGCAGGAGAGGUGACUCAGUUUUUUAUGGGCCAUUGCCAGAACUGAUUUCUUCGGAAAACCCGCCAAAGUACAGGAAUUUUACUAUGGCCGAGUUUUUGGGGGCCUUCUUUAAACGAGACCUUGCGAGCAAAGCUCUCAUUGAGCACUUCAAAAUAUAAAGUUAUUCAAAUGUUGCAGAUAAAAAGGUUUGAACUUCUGUAAAUUAUAUAGAUGCUGAUACUGAUUAUGUAAUGCAAGCGUUCUACUUCUUAAUCAUAAAUAAAAACCGUGCUUUUCUACCCUUUGUAUGAGCCUCUAAUGAAUGCUAGAUUGUAUAACCAUUUCAAGAACUGGUUUAUUUGGGCUGCCCAGCAAAGUAAAAUAAGUUUCAGCAUGUCUGAAUUUUUGGGGACCUUUUUGGACUAACUUGUAAAUCGAUCACUGCACAAUACUACAGGAUUCCUUUUUGGCAUCAAUGAAAUCUGGAGUGUCAUUUCUACACAAUGGCUCGACAAUCCUUUGUAUUAUUUCUACACAAUGCAUCUGGAAAUAAAUACUAAUGCAGCAUUUUCCCAAUGGAUGGGCUUGGAACUGAGCUGCUUACUGGUUGCUCUGUGGUUCUUCCACUACCUUCUGGCCAGCUAACUAAUUGAGCUUCA